AUGUCGUGUACUCUCGUCGGCCGCAGAAGGACGAUCCCUUGGACUACGCAGAUGGCGGAGGGCGGUCGGGGGCGGAUUACAUGGUGUACGUACGAGGGGCGGCUGUCGCAAGUCGCUCUUACAAUCCUCCUCGGCCUUGGCCUCAGCGCUGUUGCCUUAGGUACUGCCUUCGCCUUCCCCGAUGGAGAUCACGGUGGUCAUGGAGGAUAUGGUGGCGGACAUGGAGGACAUGGAUCCGACGUCGACUAUCAUGCUCACCCAAGCUACAAAUUCGAGUACUCAGUGCACGACCCCCACUCCAAGGACUUCAAGUCGCAAUGGGAGCACCGAGACGGCGACGUGGUGAAGGGGUUCUACACAGUCAAAGAGGCCGAUGGCUCGACCAGGGAGGUCCACUACACCUCCGACAAGAAGAACGGCUUCAACGCAGUCGUCAAGAAGCACGGACACGGCGCUCACCCUCACGUCUACGGCGGCCACGGGGAAGGCCACGGCCACGGCCAUGGCCACCACUGA